CGCAAGUCUCUGCUCGCCGACGACAAGAUCAAGUCUGAGCUCAGGAGAAGUGCACGAGAUCGAGCAAAGUGUCAUCGAAUCAGCCAUCGAUGGCUCCACUCUCGAGCUAUAAGAUGACCAUGAAAGCCGAUUGUUAGCUCCGUAGUUGCAGAGCAGAACAGUGUAAUUUUGAAGCAGAGUUCACGAGAGCUAAAGCAAGGAAGGAAAUGGAGCCACUGGAGCGGAUCAAGUCUGGCUUUGAACACUUCAAGAAGGAGGUCUACGAGAAGAAGCCCGAUAUGUUUGCUCAGCUCAAGGAGGGUCAAAGCCCCAAGUUCAUGGUGUUCGCGUGCGCCGACUCCCGCGUGUGCCCGUCGGUGGUGCUCAACUUCCAGCCCGGUGAAGCCUUCGCCGUCCGCAACAUAGCCAACAUGGUGCCUCCCUAUGACCAGACGAAGUGCUGUGGUGCCGGAGCAGCCAUCGAGUACGCUGUGCACCAUCUCAAGGUGGAGAACAUAGUGGUGAUGGGUCACAGCCGAUGCGGUGGGAUCAAGGGGCUCAUGUCCAUCAAGGACGACGGCACCACCAGCACUGACUUCAUCGAGGACUGGGUGAAGAUAUGCAAUGCGGCAAGAGAGAAGGUGAAGGCGGAGCACUCGGCACUGUCUUUGGAAGAUCAGUGCACUCGGUGCGAGAUGGAGGCUGUUAAUGUGUCCCUCCAAAACCUAAAGACCUAUCCCUUUGUGAAAGAAGCUGUGGAGAAGAAUUCCCUGAAGCUGAUCGGAGCCCACUACGAUUUCGUUAGUGGCAGCUUGGAGACAUGGGAGAGCUGAGCCGAUCGAUCCUUCACCACUUGGCGCUGAGGAUCCCAUGUUUCUCAGUAAUAAAUCAUGCUUUUGAU